CCAAAGAAGAAGAAGAAGAAAAAGGAAGUAGGAAGAUUUGGAGACUAGUUUGUUUUGGUUAUGAACAUUCCUUGCUGAUUCAAGACCUACUGACUGGACGGAAUAGGCCGACUACCCACCUCACUCUGUCGAAAAUGUCUAAACUACAGUCGUUUCGUGUGUUUUUAAAUGAGCGUUUAACGGCAGCUUCCCUGGAUAUUUUCGCGGCAGUUGAGAAAACGGUGGCAGAGUACAAGGAGGAGAAUGAUCGGCUACGGAGACUGCUGCGGAUCACACCGAAGAUAAAACUAAGUAGAAUUGACUCCCUGCAGCUCUCUCUUGCUGUCUCUGAAGAGGUUCCCUGUGAGCAUCAGCACUGUGAGCAGGAGUGGAGCACGAAACUGGGGCAGGAGGAUCCAGAGCCCACACAGAUUAAAGAGGAACAGGAGGAACUCUGUACCAGUCAGGAGAAAGAGAAGCUUCAAGGGAUGGAGGCUGAUAUCAUAGAGUUCAAAUUCACUCCUUGUGUGAAAAGUGAAUGUGAUCAGGAGGACACACUUCAGUCCUUGACUCUUCCCCAAACACAGACUGUGGAGAACAGAGAUAGUGACUCUAAACUAGUGGAUCUCAAACCUUUUGGCAAUGUGACCCACCUAAAUAAUCAAAACAAUGACUCCAGCCACACCACGUCUAUAAAAAAUCAACGCUGCCGUGACUGUGGUGAAACAUUUGCUCUGAAAGCUGACCUGCAGAGGCAUUUGACUCUCACUAAGAUGAGACCCAGGGAAUGCAGAUUCUGCAAAAAACAGUACAACUCUACCUGUAAACUGAAGGCCCAUGUUCGACUCUGUCACGUGGAUAAACCCUGCUCAAUUUGUGGCAAGACCUUCAAAUACAAAGGGGUUCUGUCCAGGCACAUGAGGACUCAUACAGGAGAGACAGGAGAGAAACCAUUUAGUUGUGGUGACUGCGGGAAAAGCUUCAAACGCAAGCAGCAUCUAACCAACCAUGUACGGACUCACACAGGAGAAAAACCAUUCAGCUGUGGAGACUGUGGUAAAAGCUUCAUUCAGAAGGGACAUCUAACCGAACAUAUUCGAACCCAUACAGGAGAGAAACCAUUUAGCUGUGGUGACUGUGGGAAAAAAAGCUUUAAUCAGAAGUGGCUCCUAACCGAACAUAUACGGACUCACACAGGGGAGAAACCAUUUAACUGUAGUGACUGCGGGAAAAGCUUUAGUUACAAGGGAGACUUAAGGAGGCAUAUGCUGACUCACACAGGAGAGAAACCAUUUAGCUGUGGUGACUGCGGAAGAUGUUUCAAUCAUAAGGGGCACCUAAGGAAGCAUAUAUUGACUCACACAGGAGUGAAACCAUUUAGCUGUGGUGACUGUGGGAAAAGCUUCAAUCAGAAGGCAGCCCUAAAGACACACAUACUGACUCACACAGGAGUGAAACCAUUUAGCUGUGGUGAUUGCGGGAAAAGCUUCUAUCAGAAGGGACACCUAAAUGAACAUAUUCGGACUCACACAGGAGAGAAACAACAUGUCUGCUCAGUAUGUGGUAAAGGAUUCACGCAGAAGGCUCAUCUGGUGAGGCAUGUAAACAACGUCCACAAAGAAAGAAAACAGGACGAAAACAGGAAAUAAGAAAGAAAUUAGGAGAAAGCUCUGCCAGAUGGUGGGAAUAAAAAGGCAGGAUGUGGACAGGACAACACUCCUAGGGAAAACACAAAGAAAAGCAAAAUAAGUAUGGGUCAUUCAUGCUGUAGGUUUCAGAUAAAUGGAGGAAUGAUAUUCUGUAGGCCUACAAUUGGGGUAAGUGUAGCGACCAUAGUGCCACCACUACCAACCUUGUUAGCCGAAUGGUUUUGGACCUCUGGUGUAAUAUUUGAGGGAUUUGACUGAUCGUCGCAGGAACUGGGGUUUGAGUCCUGGUAUUUAAAAAAAAAAAAAUGUACCAUGUCAUUCUUAAUCCAGCCCUGCCCUAGGUCUUUGGUGGCUCAUCUUGCAAAAUAUAUUGUUCUAAACUGUUUGAUUUGUCUUCCUAAUCAUGUUUCUUUAACUUUUAAAUAUAUAUUAUUUAUAACCACAGUAAGGAAAGGUGAUAGAUAGCUUAUGGAUAUUUUGCUCUGAACUUGCCACCCAAAGCAGUUUUAGUCAGGGGCCAUAUUUAAGUCCUGUUUUAGGCCUCUCAAAUAUGUACAAAUACAUCGUACAAGGGAGCAUAUGUAUUCCAUUCUCUGUAUAGUGAACAGAAGAUUGCUGUUCAAGGUCAUGUAUAUUAAAAUGUAGAGGAAAAUAAAGUGCUUGCUAAAUGUUUAUGGAGUGCUGAACUGCCUGUUAAUUCUAUCCAUCAUUUUAGGGAGCCUAAAACAUGAUAUACUCUAAAGCAUUUGUCUAAUUCCAUUUGUGCAAUCAAAACAGUUUUUACUAUUAUCCAUGAGUGCUGUAGCUAUGCAAAGGUAUUCCUGUGAUAAACAUUACAGCAGCAAUUUGAUAUAGACUUAAUUUGAUCUGAUUUCAAGGGCAGAAGCAAACCAAAAAAGCAAGGGUAAAUGGGAAUGUGUGAAAACAGGGUGAGAGUUGUCCUACUUUCAAAAAUACAAAUGUUGUUUAUUACGUGCCACAUCAGGCUUGUUGUUUGGGGGCUUACAGUAAUUCUGUAAAAUUACCUGUGAGACAAUGUCUUUAUAAAUAAAAAAAAUGCCUGCCAGUAA